AUGGCCAAAACACCUAAACUCGAGGACUACACCAUUAUAAUUUUCUCUCCACUGGUAAUUGAGCAGAAGGCGGCAUGUCUUAUGCUAGAUGAGGUUCACGAUGGAAUCCCAGAACGUUCCGCCGGUCAGACGGUGCUCUACACCCUUGGUAAAAUCGCCUCACACAAUGUGGCUAUCGCUGGAUAUCCUGCUGGCGAAGUUGGGAUAGGGGUUUCGGGAAGCAUGGUCUCAGAAGCCUUGAGGGAUUUUCCCAAUCUCGAAGCAGGGAUCCUGGUCGGCAUCGCAGCAGGCAUCCCGUCCCCAAACCGAGACAUUCGUCUCGGAGAUGUUGCAGUUGCCGUUCCCAAUAGGGACAACCCAGGGGUUAUUGGCUAUGACCUUGUCAAGGUUGAAGAAGACGGGAUUCGACUCAAACAGUGGCAAAACUCGACGCAUCCCAUUUUGCGGUCUGCCAUCGCCAGUAUCCAAGUCCAUGAAAGUCGUCCUGAGUUCAGCUUCACACGCCACUUGGAUGUCUUGUGGAGAGCAGCAGAUUUCAAGAGACCGGGUCCUGCUCUACCUAGCAGCGAGUCCUUGACUUCAAAUGCGCGCGAUGGGCCAAUUGCACACUACGGCACCAUCCUCUCUGGGAAUGGGGUGAUUAAAUCCAAGAAAAAGAGAGACGAGUUAAGGGAUAAAUAUGCCGGAAUUGCUAUUGAGAUGGAGGCGGCUGGAAUGACAACGAGGCUGCCAGUGGCUGUGGUUCGAGGCAUCAGUGAUUUCGCCGACUCCGAUAAGGACGAUGACUGGCACCUUUACGCUGCUGUAACUGCGGCAGCAUACGCAAAAGAAAUGUUGAUCAGGCUUGGCCCAAGGAAGGGGACUGGAUCCGUGUCGCAGUCUCUCAUCUCUUCAGACAUCGAUACCGGCUUGAGGCUCUCCCUACCCGAGAAAUGCUCAUUCGUGGGCCGAGAGGCUGAGCUCUCAAAGUUGGAAGAAUGGGUCGGUUUCUGCCCGAAGAAGACGCCACAAAGGUCCAUAGUUACGCUCUGGGGCUUUGCUGGCGUUGGAAAGUCACAGCUGGUGUCCGAAUUUGUGAAACGGCAGCGGGAGAAGUAUCCGGACUAUGACAUUUUCUGGAUCGCGGGGGCGACUAAAGAGGCCUUUGAACAGAGUAUCCUCAGUGUUCUGAAGCUGGCCAACAACCCGGAGGCCACAAUUUCGGAGGGCGGUGAGAGCUAUGACGAACGCCGUUCCAUGCUCAUAAACUCGUUCUUCACAGAGCUGAAAAACACGAUCCGUGCUCGGUGGCUCCUUGUCAUCGACGGGAUACCCGAUGUACUUGAGAUCGCAAGGAUGUUGAACUACCAUCCUCUCUCGCUGCGGCUUGCAACGUCUGUUAUAUCUUCCUAUCAUCUCAGCGUGAGACAAUACGUCGAGAAGUGGAGAACACGGCAACUUUAUGAUGAGUAUCCUGCCAACAUGGCACUUUUACGGUCCUUUGAACUUAGCUUUGAGGAGCUUGAGAAGACCAACCCGGUGGCAGCAAAACUCCUCAUGUUGUUUGGAUAUCUCGAUCACAGGGACUUGUGGGCCGAUCUCUGCUUUAACGCCACUGAUGACGACCUUCCAGCGUGGCUCCGUGAAAUAGGAUCCUCUAAGUGCUUUCAUGGUUGUUACGCUAGCAUGCGUAACUUGUCCUUUGUUGAAGCUAAGCUACAUGGGAGGAAGCAAGACCAAGCUUACGAAAUCCAUCCUGCAAUCCACGAAUUUGCGAGGGGGAAGGCAAAAGAGAACGGGGAGGAAUAUGUGAAAACUGCCAUAUCCUUGGUCGCUGCCAAAGUUCCACGAUCUACGGACAAGGACUUUCUAGAGAUCGUGCAACGAUUGGAGCCUCACGCCGACCAAUGCAAGAUCCACAUGGAGCAAGGCAGGGCCGGAUCCAGCUUGGACUUAAUGGAACUUGAUCGAUUUGGGAACCUCUUUCGCCAUCUCGGACGCUACGAUGAAGCGUCUCGGCUCUAUUGGAGUAUUCUGAAUGUUCUCAACAGGGAGGGUGAGCCUGAUGAAUUCACCCUUGAAAUGAUGGCCGGGAUCGAAAACAAUCUUGGCUUGAUCCAUCAUGCUCGGCGACAGUACGACCUCGCCCUUCGAGCUUAUGAACAGUCGUAUCUAAGGCGCCUGCAAAUUGUGCCCAACGAUGAUGAUUCCCUCAUGACGACCCGGUACAACAAAGGGCGAGCUUUUCUGAUGCUCGGGAGGUUGAAUGAGGCACUACAGACCCUGCUCAAGGCCGCCGCACACUUUUCUCAACUAAUCCCCCCAGAUGCUUUGCACGACCAUGGCCUUGGGAGCGGCAAUGGAGCAAUGGCACAAAUAUACUUUCGAAUCUUGAAUGAUGUCGGCGAGAUAUACCUUCGGAAAAACGAUGUGGAGCAGGCAGAGCAAAACUUCAGAAUGGCAUUCGACGGGCACAAGAAGUAUUUGCACGAGAUGCAUCCUACAACUUUUGCAGUCCGGUUGAACAUUGGAAGAGUUUAUGUCGAGUGGUCCCGAUUUGCAACCGCAAACAAGAUAUUCGAGUACAUCAUCGCGACAUAUACAGAGUGGUGGGGAAGGCGGCAUUCAGAGACGAUGCGAGCACUUACUGAGCUAGCUGAGUCGCAUAUGCGGCACGCUGAGCAGAAGCGUCUGAUGGGCGACGGGGGAGACUGGGAGUUGACCAUAGCAGCAGACCUUUGGGCCGAAAUACUGAGCUUUCAUCACGAGGUUUCUGAGCUAAAUUCGGAUGCUGCAAGUUUUGCGAGGUCGAAGUUGCAGCAGGUGCAGUUGCUCCGCUCUGUCACCCCUGAGGAUCCAUAUAGCAUGUAUUGUGAUGGAGUUUAG